AUGAAAAAGUUUUUAUCAUUUCUCAAACUAGGACCAAAAGAAGAUGAUGAAGAAGAUCAACGAAUGAUGGCUUCGCCAGAUGAAUUUAUUGUUUACAUUAAUGAACCUAUUGAGGAAGACUUAAAUGAGGUUUUUAUUGAAAAAUCUUAUAAGUCAUAUCGAUAUUUUCACAAAGGGAAACCAGAUAAAGCAUCAAAGGCCAUGUUUACGGACAAAUUUAACCAAGUAAUCGCUUUAGUUCGAAAUUUCUAUAUUACAAAUUUAAAUAACAUUAAGAUAUUACGCAAUUCACAGUAUAUGUACCAAUUUGUAAAGCAUGUUGACUAUAAAAUUGCAAAUGAAAUCAUCGAAACGUUCUUAGAUAAAUAUAUAACUCCGAUAAAACAAAAACUGAACAAUAUUAUUCAAUUAUAUACAGAAAAACAAGCAACUGAUGGACCAGUGUUCACAUAUAUCGAUGAAAGAAUUAAAAUUAUUUCUUUAGAAUUUGAAAAUUUUCAAGAGUACAAAAAUAAUCGUGAUUUUGUUUUAUGCAAGGCUUAUCAAGAUAUCCACGAUAUAGCCAAGCAAGCUGAAGACGAAUUACCUCAAAUAUUUUCACAGGACGUGUUUAAAAAACUUUAUGAUUUAAUUAUACAGAUUAUUUCAAAUCAAACGAACAAAAUAUGCGAAUUAUUGUUAGAUCCAGUUACAGUAAGCUGCGCGUACUUCCAAGUCCUCAAAUUAUCAAAGUCUUCCAAAUCUGCAAAAUUAUCUGUACUUUUCCAUGUAAUUUUAACAUUAUUUUAUGGUAGACUUACAAAGUUAUACGGAUAUUUCGACUUUAUGAGGAUCAAAUCCAUUCAAAUCACUACAGAUGAUGAAAUGAUGUUAAAAAUCGUUCCACACUGCGUAGUUCUAUCCAAAAUUUUAUCAAUAUAUCCGGAUUCGCCAUUAGAUGACUUCAACAAACGAUUCCUUUCUAUAUUUGCUGAUUUUUGUGGUAAAAUUACAACAUAUAACCAUGAUAACUACUCAGAAAUCAUGUUUCAGCUGUUUAAAGUUAUUGAUGACCCAACAAUGCGAAGUUACAUGAGGCAUUCGAUGCGAAAUAGGUCAAUAAACAUCUUUAGAGAAGUUUUUUCAAAUUAUUUGCCGGCUUUCCAGAGUAUUCUCAAAAAAGGGAAUAUAGAUGAUAAUAAACAAAUGAUGCUCGCACGUCUUGAGCUAAAUAUGAUGCUAAAACCCGCAUUAAUAAUGUUAAUCAACAUUAUUCAAGGAAUGUUUAUAGAUAAAUACCUUCCUGCGCUUCAGAAUGAAUCUGUAGAUGUUAUGAAAGAGACAGCUCUUGAAACUGUUGCAAUUGCUUUCAAAGACAACCAAAAACUUGUUAAUUGUUUUGGAAAACCAGAAACUAUUAUUGUCUUUUAG